ACCAGCCAUUAGAAGCUUGCUUCUGCGGGAUCAAGUGAACUUGGCUGAUUGGGGGAUGUCUUGGCAAAAGAAAGGACAGCUCGAAAAAAUUGUUGAUCCUUUCCUGGAGGACAAAAUUAAUCCCAAUUCACUGAGAAAAUUUGGGGAAACAGUGAAGAAGUGUUUGAUGGAUUGUGGGAUUGGCAGGCCCGGAAUGAUCGAUGUGUUGUGGGAUCUGGAAUAUGCACUGCAGCUCAACCAAACCACAGUUCUAAGAGAGCCAUAUGAAGACAGGACCAUAGAUGCUUCAUUGGAGUUGUCAUUGCAUGUCGUUAAUCGCUUACCGUCUAAUAGCAUCACCAUGGAUGAAGAUGAAUGGACCCUGGGAGCGAUUGAUGGUUCAGAUACAAAUUUUUUAAAUGCUGGUGUGUUCUCCCAGUUGAAAGUUGAUGAUGCCAGAUAA